AUGACACCGGGACUCCUGGGCAGCAAGGACAUCUUAGAUAAGGGUCUACGAUCACGUCCAGGGAGGUCAGGCAACGUCAUUCACACUGCUCCAGCCAUGGCAGCGACGACAACUCCUGCCUCUGCUUUCGAGGCUCUCAUGCACGGCGUAACCCACUGGGAUGUCCCCAAAGACCCCGUCCCCUGCGAGCUGCUGCUCAUCGGCGAGGCCGCCUUCCCGGUGAUGGUGAAGGACAAGGGCCAGGUGAUCAUCGCCGCCUCCACGUACGGCCGUGGACGCCUGGUGGUGGUGGCCCACGAGGGCUACCUGGUGGCCGCCAGCCUGUCCCCUUUCCUCCGCAACGCCGUGGAUUGGCUCCGUCCCACGCCCGGCGCUCCCGUGGGCGUCCACCCGUCCCUGGAAGCGCUCACCAGCAUCCUUCAGGGUGCUGGUACCAAGGCUCAGCUGGAGUCGGAACCAGGAGCGGCCCUGGGGGUUUACUGCAUGGACGCCUGCAGCGACGGCCUGAGUGAGGAGCUGGUGCAGUUUGUGAAGCGCGGAGGGGGCUUGCUCAUCGGGGGCCAGGCCUGGUACUGGGCAAGCCAGCACGGUGCCCACCAGGUGCUGUCCGCGUUCCCGGGGAACCAGGUGACUUGCGUGGCUGGAGUGUACUUCACCGACACCUACGGGGACACGGGCCGGUUCAAGGUCUCUAAGAAUAUCCCCGAGAUCCCGCUGCAUGUCAGGUGA